UGUCCACGAGACAAUCAAACAAUCUCAGCCAAGAAAAAUCAAAAUUAGAAGUAAGAAACCCAAAAUUUUCAUUUCACCUCUUUUAAUUUUGAUUUGCUUUUGUAUUGUUUGGCGUCUGCUGUUUUCUUUCUCUGUCCUGAAACCACAGCCAUAACAAUGGCUUCCUUGCUAGCCAACGGCAUCUCAAGCUUCUCACCACAAACCACUUCAGAUUCAACCAAGUUCCCAAAAGGGUUUUAUCCAAAGCUCGAUUCCGUCAAACCCAUAACUCCAAAACCGCCAAAUUCAAGGCUUUUCAAAGUCAGGGCAGAUGUGGGUUUCGAUUCUCAGACCUUGACGUCAGAUCUCAGCUCUUCAUCAGGUAAAUCCUACGAUGAGAAAAUACAGGAAAUUCUUCGAAACCGUGAUUAUAAUAAAAAAUUUGGCUUUACUAUGGAUAUUGAUUCGUUUUCGAUACCCAAAGGGCUUUCUACAGAAACAAUUCGUUUAAUUUCUUCUUUGAAGGAAGAACCUGAUUGGAUGUUGGAGUUUAGACUGAACGCUUAUGAGAAAUUUUUGAAAAUGAAAGAACCCAAAUGGUCUGAUAAUCGAUAUCCGCCAAUUAAUUUCCAAGAUAUUUGUUAUUACUCUGCGCCCAAGAGGAAGCCAACUUUGAAUAGCUUAGAUGAGGCAGAUCCUGAACUUCUAAAGUACUUUGAUAGAUUGGGUGUCCCUUUGAAUGAACGUAAUCGAUUGGCUAAUGUUGCGGUUGAUGCGGUUCUUGAUAGUGUUUCAAUUGCCACUACACAUAGGAAGACUCUAGAGAAAGCUGGGGUGAUCUUUUGUUCUAUAUCCGAGGCAAUCAGGGAGUACCCUGAUCUAGUUAGGAAAUAUUUAGGGAGAGUUGUGCCCAGUGAGGAUAACUAUUAUGCAGGUUUGAAUUCAGCUGUUUUUAGUGAUGGGUCAUUUUGUUAUAUACCUAAGGAUACGAAAUGCCCAAUGCCGAUUUCAACGUAUUUUCGGAUCAAUGCUUUGGAAACUGGGCAAUUUGAGAGGACUUUGAUUGUUGCUGAUGAAGGGAGUUUUGUGGAGUAUUUAGAAGGAUGUACAGCACCUUCUUAUGACAGGAAUCAGCUUCAUGCAGCUGUUGUUGAGUUGUAUUGUUCUAAGGGUGCAGAGAUUAAAUACUCCACUGUGCAGAAUUGGUAUGCUGGUGAUGAGGAAGGAAAAGGUGGGAUUUAUAAUUUUGUUACCAAGCGUGGACUUUGUGCUGGAGAUUGCUCGAAGAUAUCAUGGACCCAAGUGGAGACAGGGUCUGCAAUUACUUGGAAGUACCCGAGUGUUGUUUUGGAGGGUGAUGAUACUGUGGGUGAGUUUUAUUCUGUAGCACUGACGAAUAAUUAUCAGCAGGCGGACACGGGAACAAAGAUGAUACACAAGGGGAAUAAUACAAGAAGUAGGAUUAUCUCGAAGGGUAUUUCAGCUGGAAAUUCAAGAAACUGUUACAGGGGGCUUGUUCAGGUUCAAUCAAAGGCAGAAAAUGCUAGAAAUUCAUCACAAUGUGAUUCAAUGCUUAUUGGUGAUAAUGCUGCUGCAAACACCUAUCCUUACAUCCAGGUUAAGAACCCCUCAGCUCGCGUUGAACAUGAAGCCAGCACCUCCAAAAUCGGUGAAGAUCAGUUAUUUUACUUUCAACAGAGGGGAAUUGACUAUGAGAAGGCCAUGGCUGCCAUGAUUUCUGGUUUUUGCCGUGACGUUUUCAAUGAGCUUCCUGAUGAGUUUGGUGCUGAGGUGAACCAACUCAUGAGUUUGAAGCUUGAGGGAUCCGUGGGUUAAACAUGAUGAAGUUAGCUCAAUUCAGGUCAAUUUAGAUAAUGAAAUAAUUGUCAAUGAGUUCAAUAAUGUUCAAGUUCUUGGGAAUCUUUUUGUAUAUGAUGACUACUUAGCUUUAAUGUACUAUUGCUGUUCCCAUUUCCCAGCAUGUCGUUUGGAACAAUAAAUUUUACAUGUUUCAUGGAAAUGUGUUCCUAAAACUUUGUAUAUACUCAUCACUUGGACCUAUAACAAGCGUGUAAUAUACAUCUUAUGAGUUCAUUUUAGUCAAAAUUUUGUUUGCUGUGAAAGCAUUGGU